AUGCAACAAGAUUUCCACUUUGACACCCACCAUUUCGUCCAGCGUCUGGAGAGGGAGGGUUUGAAUAGGGCUCAAGCAGAAGGUAUUAUGAGUGCUAUGGCUGAGGUCAUCGACGAGAGUAUUCGUAAUAUGACUAGUAAUAUGGUUACAAAGGCCGACCAAGACAAGCACCACUACACGCAACAAGUCGACUUUGCCCAGAUCAAAUCGGAACUUCAGCUCACGCUCAAGAAUGACCUGUCCACCCUCAAGGCCGAGAAUGACCGUCUCCUUGCUGACAUUGGCAAGCUCAAACAACGGCUGAGAGAGCAAAUCACGCAGACACAGGGUGGCGUGCGGCUGGACUUGAACUUGGAGAAAGGGAGGAUGAGGGAUGAGAGUAGUGGGCAAGAGUUGAAGAUCAAGGAAGUGGAUACGAGGAUAGAGCAGGAGAUUGCGAAUUUGAGGACGACGAUACAGGCUUCUAAGGCUACGACGUUACAAUACUUGGUGGGAUUCGUCACUGGAUGCUCGGCGCUGCUGAUGGCCUAUUUGAGGUUCCGCGUCUGA